CAAUUAUUAUUGAAUGUUUUGAACCGCCCGAGGAUUUUGGGUCCGGCACAUCUUAUCGACACAAACUUCACCUCGCUAUCAACACAUUGAGGAUAGGUAUAAUUCCAGCCCGUCAUCUACCUACUGAACUUUUCUGGCUGGAAUUAUGGCUCCUAACAAAAAGAAAAAGAAGCCCGCUGCAAAUCCUGCCCGAGGGUUCGCGACUGUCUCGACGGCGAGCAAGCCAAAAACUGACAAAAAGUCUGAGAGCGCAAGUUUGUCAGAGGCAGAUAGCACUCCAGCUGUUCUGACCCCGCUUUCAGAUCAAGAAAAUAUAUCGAAACCUGAUGCUGCGAAUGCCUCGAAAGCUAAAGAUGCAAAAGAAACCGUGGAAUUGUCCCCGGAGGAGCUUGAAAGAGAACUUGAAGAAACUGAAUUACAAAAUAUCCUAGAGAAGUAUGGUCAACGAGCCAAAAAAGACGCAUCACGCCAAAUCUCAAGGUUGCAGACCGAUAGACGUGUUCUGAAGACUCAAGCAGAGCAUUUGAAUACAAGAAAUUGGUUGCCAAACCGAAUUAUUGACGAAAUCAUGAACAUGGUUAAGGAUGAAGUAGAUCACGGAAACUUCUACCGAGAAUCAGAUGGCAGUGGUAAAUUCAUAUCAGAGGAGGACUCGAUUGCCAGGCUUUGGACGUUACAGCAGACACUCUUCUUUCUAGGUUUCCCUGAAGGCCGAGUCAAGGAAGCCUUGUACCAUAUCACAGAUGCAUUGCUUAUUGCCGGCCCACCCGCUGGCGGGAACAGAGACAACAUUUGGGGUUUAGAUGAAGCUAUGGAUUGGCUCGUGUUAGAGCUAAAUAGAGAGGAGCUGUCUCUCAUUGAAGGCCAGCCUAAGAGGCAGACAAUGGACAAGACACCUACCGAAAGCAUACCGCAGACACCUGAGCCGACUACAUCCUCGAACGAAGCCACGGGGAAACAAACUCCAAUGACACGUGAAAAGACUCAGAAUGCGAAUGAAUUAGUUUCAUCGCGUACAGAAGAAUUGGAUGUAAGCGACCUCGAUAGUGACAUUGAGCCUGAUGAGCUUUUGCCAAAAUAUCUCGAGACGAAGGCUCGCAUCUACGAACUUCAACCAGAGACAUUGCAGGUGAACAAUACAAAGGGAAAGAAAAACAAGGCAAAAAAAGAUAAGACAAAUCCGAGUGGUCCGGAAGUAAUAAAGCUACUGGAUAAACUGAAGAAAAUAGAAUCUGAUGUGCUGUUCGACAAAGACGAAGCCGAAACCCAAUGGUCUCAGAGAGAGAUACAGAUUUUUCAGGAAGUAGCCUUGCAGAAAAAACUUGCCCCUAAAGAUGUUGAAGGUCAGGUUUCCGAAGCCGAACAAGACCCGCAACAACAGGAGCAGGUAAACUCUUCUGAAAACUUGGACGAAGAGGACGAGGUUAGUCGCCAGGCACGUGAGGCUGGUGAGGCCCUCCUGAGAGAGACAGGUAUGGAGGAAGAUGGGGACGGUCUGUUCGGUGGCAUGUUCACGGAUCUAGCCGGGGCUGAGAAUGGUCCAAAUUCUACAACUUCAGAACCCGCAAUGGGCGUCGCCGGCGUCGGGAACACAAUUAUGCGGGAUUUUGGGCGAUGGAAUGGAAUGAGCCCUCGACGUGUUCUUGAGGAUGCCUGCAAGGCACGGGAUUCUGGAUCACGCGUGUCAUUCAAACCCAUAUCUUCUAGCUCCGUCUCGAAACGACAUUCUGUCGAGAUCUUUUGGUCGAAAGAUCAGGAAACUCCGGUAUACUCCAUUCUCGACUCCGUCUCAUCCACCUCAAAGUCGCGAUUAUCAGCCUUCUGGAUGACCACUCUUGCCACACCUGAUAGCGUACAAUCGGAAGCCUUUAUUGCAACUGCCGCGCUAUUUCUCGUAUUCUCAUCAUCUCCAAAGGAAGAGAGGGUACAUCUGCGCCUACCAGCCACCUGGAGAGAUCUUUGGGAUGAAUUUACCCGCAAAAAGAAAGAAUUAAAUGAUGAACAGGAUCGAAACGCAUUGCGAGAGAUUCGCGAAUUGGUCAGGGACAAGCGAGAUAGAGAUGAGCACGACGGUGUUGUGCUCAAAGGGGGUUUUCGGAAGCGCAAUGUCGCUGGCAGCGGCCGUGAUAGUGGGGAGGACUCCGACCCCAACGCUCUCGACCAAAGCAACCUGGAUAGUGAACUCCUGAAGGGUUUGUGGAACCAAAAGAGUUCCAACCCUGCCUAUCAGGUGAUGCUGAAAGGUCGCUCACAGCUCCCCAUGUGGAACUUUAGGGAUCAAUUGUUGACUACGGCGGAUCAACAACAAGUUAUUAUCGUCUGCGGAGAAACUGGAUGUGGCAAGAGCACGCAGGUUCCUGCGUUCAUUCUCGAACACGAAUUAUCACAAGGAAAGGAUUGUCGAAUAUACUGCACUGAGCCGCGAAGAAUCUCAGCUAUUUCUCUUGCACGACGCGUCAGUGAGGAGCUUGGAGAGCGCAGAAAUGACGUUGGCACGUCAAGAUCGAUGGUGGGAUAUGCCAUUCGCUUGGAAUCAAAUAUGACAACUCAGACUCGUCUGGUCUACGCAACCACAGGUAUAGUUAUGCGUAUGCUAGAGCGGUCGAAUGAGCUGGCAGAUAUAACGCAUUUGAUCCUUGACGAAGUGCACGAGAGGAGCAUUGACAGUGAUUUCCUACUUAUUGUUCUUCGGAGGCUUAUCGUGAAGCGGCCAGAACUUAAGGUAAUUCUCAUGUCUGCAACUGCCGAUGCACAACGGUUUUCCAACUAUCUAUUCGGUGCACCGAUUCUAAACGUGCCGGGCCGAACAUUUCCCGUUGAGGUGAAAUACCUUGAGGAUGCGUUGCAGUUGACAGGAUAUGUGCCAAGUUCAAUAAAUGCGAACGGCCCAAUUGAAGUUGGCCUUGAUGAUGCGGAUACAGAAGAGAUAUCCGAUCGAGAGAAUACAGGUCAAGAAGGAGACUAUCUUUCUGCAUUUAGCUCCAAGACAAGAACCGCCCUGGCUCAGUUCGACGAAUAUCGGAUAGAUUAUGAUCUUUUGGCAGCUUUGAUUGGAAGAAUUGCUGUCGACCCUGAGUUUGAAUUCUACAGCAAAGCUAUCCUGAUUUUCCUUCCGGGCAUAGCAGAGAUCCGUCAAUUGAAUGACAUGUUGAUUGGGCAUCCUUCGCUAAGUCAAGGAUGGAAUAUCCAUCAGCUUCAUUCAACGAUUGCCAGCGAAGAACAAGAGAAGGCGUUUGUGGUACCACCGAAAGGGACUCGAAAAAUCGUACUUGCAACAAACAUUGCAGAGACCGGUAUUACUAUCCCGGAUAUUACUUGCGUGAUUGAUACGGGUAAACACAAGGAAAUGAGGUUCGACGAGCGCCGUCAGCUGUCACGCUUACUCGAUUCUUUCAUCUCCCGCGCAAAUGCAAAACAGCGGCGUGGUAGAGCUGGGCGUGUUCAGCGUGGGCUUUGUUUUCAUCUCUUCACAAAGUCUCGUCAUGAUCGCCAGAUGGCUGAACAACAAACACCGGAGAUGCUUCGCUUGUCGUUGCAGGACCUUGUUCUAAGGGUAAAGAUAUGUGAGCUAGGAGGGAUCGAACAAACUCUUUCCGAGGCGUUAGACCCGCCGUCAGCAAAGAAUAUCCGGCGUGCCAUUGAUUCCUUGAUCGACGUCAAAGCCCUUACCAACUUUGAAGAACUUACCCCAUUGGGACGUCAAUUAGCCAAACUUCCAUUGGACGUACACCUUGGGAAGCUGGUACUCCUAGGUAGCACUUUUGGGUGUUUGGAUGUCUGCGCAACCAUCGCGGCGAUAUUGUCUUCCAAAUCACCUUUUGUGGUGACAAUGGGAGCGCGGUCACAGGCAGACCUGGCCAGGUUAUCAUUCAAGAGGGGUGAUUCCGAUUUACUUACCGCUUACAAUGCUUACAAUGCAUGGAGGCGGGUAUCGAGUACCACAGGGGUAUCGGAGUUUCAAUUUUGCCGCAAAAAUUGCCUAAGUCAGCAAACAUUGUUUAAUAUUGAAGACAUUAAAUCUCAGAUUCUGGCUUCAGUUAUUGAUGCAGGGUUUCUGCAACUUGACGGAACUUCAAGGGCCGCUUUGAAUAGGUCCCGGUUUUCUUCAAAGCAACGACAAUUCUUUAAACUCCCUGAGUCCGUAGAUAAAAAUUCGGAGAAUGACUUGAUCAGUGGUUCAGUCAUAGCAUGGGGCUUUUACCCCAAACUCCUGCUUCGCGAAGGAAAAGGCUGGAGAAACGUUUCGAACAAUCAAACUGUCAGCCUUCAUCCGACGUCUGUCAAUAAAGGCACAACGUCUGCGAAAUGGGUUUCGUUUUACCAUAUCAUGCAAUCUAGCAACAGAUUUUACAAUGCCCAUGAGACAAGUGCCGUUGAAAGUUUCGCGAUUGCACUCCUAUGUGGAGAUGCGGAGUUCAGAAUGUAUGCGGGACUGGUUAUUCUAGAUGGCAACCGUAUUCGUUUCUCGGUCAACGAUUGGAAGGCUAUGCUUGCGAUCAAAAUUUUGCGGCAGCGGCUUCGAGAGAUCAUGGCCCGUCGAUACCAACACCCUACCAAAUCGCUCACCUCACCGCAGCAGAAGUGGCUAGAUAUAUGGCAGCAGGUUUUCGCUCUGGACGACAAAGAAAACAGUUUGCCAAAAUAGACGUUCAGCGCCGUCGUUGUAGAUGAUUUGAAAGCAGCGAUAUGUAUUAAAGGGAAUGGCAUCAUCAUAGAAGGAGGCCAUUACAUAUCAUCUUGAGCAUGAAGAAACAAUCUUUGUUUUCUGCGAUAAAAAGACUAUAGAUUCGGAGGAUAUUGCUGCAUCGUAAAGCGUGAUUCUGCUUCCCAAUGGAAUAAUGCUUUUCAAGGGUUAUCAAGGGUGUCCAUAACAGUUUUAUCCUCAAGCAAAUGGCACUAGCAAGUAUUGGAAGUUAUCGUACAGCAUGCUUUGCUUGGCGUUAAUGACCAGGAGCUAAAGGGCAGAAGGAAGGAGCGGAUUGUCAAGUAGGCGUUCAUGCGAUGCAUUCAUUCAUAGCGAGAGAAACGUAUAGCUAGAUGGUCUUCAGAAGUCUACUACAAGUCAGAAUUACGACAAAGAAAAUUGCGAUUCCAUUUCCAC